AUGGAUGACUCAGAACUCGACCCAUCGGAGCUAGGAACCCAGGAGUACUGGCAGAGGUCCUAUAUAAGAGAAAUAGAGAACUUCGAGGAAAGUGGUGACAGCGGGGAGGUGUGGUUUGGUGAGGACAGCGCAGAUAGAGUGAUUGACUGGAUCUGUAACUGCGGGGUUGAGAAGGAUACACCCGUUAUUGAUUUAGGUUGUGGCAAUGGCUACACUCUCACAGAGCUGGCUAGAGAAGGUUUCACGAAUCUAACAGGAGUUGAUUACUGCCAGGAGGCCAUUGUCCUCGCUGAGAAGGUGUCACAGGCCGAGUUCCCACAUAUAAAGUACAAGGUAUUCGAUAUAACCCACGAUUGUGUCAAAGAGCUAGGUAAAUUCGGUAUUGUCCACGACAAAGGCACAUACGAUGCCAUCGGACUGAACCCUGAGGAUCCGAAGACAUGCAGAGAAAAGUACAUUGAACAAGUCGAUAAUUUACUUAGCGAUGAUGGUCUGUUCAUAAUAACUUCAUGUAAUUGGACCGAAGAAGAACUAAUAAAGCAUUUUUCCGAAAAAAUGAAACUAAAACGCGUACUACCGACUCCGCAGUUCAGAUUUGGCGGGAAAGUAGGCAGUGUGGUCUCUUCUGUUGUCUUUGAAAAGAAAUGA